UGUGGCUUCAGUCUUCUUAUCUCUAACCUUCAGUAAUUCCAGCUGCCAUACUAAGCUGUUCACUCUGAAACCAUGGCCAAGGACAUGACUCUCUGGUGGGGCUCCGGCUCUCCUCCCUGCUGGCGGGUAAUGAUCGCUCUGGAGGAGAAGAAACUGCAGGGAUACAACCAAAAACUGCUCUCCUUCGAGAAAGGAGAGCACAAGUCAAAGGAAGUCAUGGAUGUAAACCCCAGGGGACAGCUUCCUGCCUUCAAAUGUGGGGACAAAAUCAUCAACGAGUCCUACGGUGCAUGCUUCUUCCUGGAGUGUGAGUACAUGUCCCAGGGAACCAAACUGAUCCCUGUGAACUCCAGCGAGAAAGCCCUGGUGCUCCAGCGUACCUUUGAGGGUAACACGCUUCACCAGAAAAUGGCGGAUGUUUUUAUGUACAACCGGAGGGUCCCGGAGAAUGAGAGGCAGGAAUCUGCCUUUAAGAGACUCAAGGAGACGCUGACUGGCGAGGUGCAGAUGUGGGAGGGACACCUGCAGAAGACACCAGGUGGUUUCCUGGCGGGAAAGAGCUUUUCAAUGGCUGAUGUGAUUGUUUAUCCAAGCGUUGCUCUUCUCUUCCGCAUGGGGCUAAGUGAGAAACGUUACCCCAAACUGUCAGAAUACCAUAAAAAUCUGAAGGACAGACCCAGCAUCAAAGCCACCUGGCCUCCACUUUGGAAGGACACCCCUGGACAGGACUUUUUGAAAGACAUCUGAGAUUGAGAGGCUCAUCAGCUGACAAGCCAAUCUUUUCUUGUUGUGUUUUUAAUUUGUUACUAUUCCUCGUAUUUCAGUACAAUAUGAUGAAUAUUUUUUUUAACAUAUACUUUUCAAAGACCUUUUUAUAUGUCCACUUAGGUGGACAACUGAUGUGUAUGGAGUGACACAUCAGUGUCCAAUGUAGUGGUUUAUUUGCAAGUAUACCAUUAACACUGACACAAAUACAAAAAAAAGCCUUUGAAUUGCUGUCCACUGCAGUGACCACUAUGUGUGAAAGGGUUAAAUCCAUCCUGCAGCUGUGCAGUUUUGACAGGAAAGGUCACUAAAUCAAAACUUUAACGCUUUACUUGAUUGUUGUCAUUCUUCUCUUUGAAACUGAGCUUUCCUAUCUAGGUAGCAACACUUGAGCAAUCACUGUAUGGAUUUGUAAAGACAUCAAAGUAACAUUAAAUGAAACACUGAUCUGUUCUACAAAAUCCAGGGGACAAAAAACAAACAAACAAAAAUGUUGUGCUUCAAAAAAACAACCUGCUACCCACAGUCCAACUUACAAAUUAUAAAGAUGUUCUACAAACACUAGAAUUAUAUUCAGCAUCACAAACAAGUGUGUGUGUGUGUGUGUUUAUUUCUUUUUAAUUCUUAAUGGGAUAGCUAGUUUAAGUCCCAGGAGAACAAAUGUAUCACAGGAUUUGAAAGAGAAAUGAAAAAGAAGCAGAGAUUAAAACAUAACAUAGGAAACACAAACAAAGCAUAGAGAGACAGAAAAAACAGAGACUACAGAAGGGAAGACAAAAUGUAUUCACAGAAUUUUUUAGUUCCCAGUUGGAAUUUUUAUCUGGAACACCCUCUUAACCUGGAUUUUCCAUUUGGAAAGUUUGAGCAACUCCUCCACCAGGAGGUUAACAAUCUAUAAUGCUGGCAGUGAAUGUAAACAGCAGUAAAACUAUAACUUGCUGAAUAACCAUAUGCCGAGUCCACAGACGUGCUGCAGCGAAGCACAAACAACAAAUGUUAUGCUGUAUUGCUUGUGAUACCCAAAUAGCUCUACCUGCCAAAGAAGCAAAAAUAAAUCCUGUUUUUCCUU